AUGGGUUCUUGCUUCAGUUCUCGAGUCAAAGCCGACCUCUUCCACAGUGGUAAGAGCAGCGAUCUGUUCGGUCUAAGUCUUUCGAGUCGGAAAUCUUCAUCGACUGUAGCUGCAGCUCAGAAGACGGAAGGGGAGAUAUUGAGUUCGACCCCUGUCAAAAGCUUCACCUUUAACGAACUCAAACUCGCCACCAGAAACUUCAGACCGGAUAGUGUUAUCGGAGAAGGUGGCUUCGGUUGUGUCUUUAAAGGUUGGUUAGAUGAGACCACUCUCACUCCGACUAAACCUGGAACCGGUUUGGUCAUCGCUGUUAAAAGGCUUAACAAAGAAGGAUUUCAAGGUCACCGUGAAUGGCUGACUGAGAUCAACUACUUGGGGCAACUGAGUCAUCCAAAUCUUGUUAAACUUAUCGGUUAUUGCGUAGAGGAUGAACACCGUCUUCUUGUCUACGAGUUUAUGCAAAAAGGAAGUCUUGAGAAUCAUCUAUUCAGAAGAGGUGCAUAUUUUAAGCCACUCCCAUGGUUUCUACGGAUCAAGCUCCAAUUUUGGAAAUGGUGUGUUUGUGUAGGUAAGAGCAGCGAUCUGUUCGGUCUAAGUCUUUCGAGUCGGAAAUCUUCAUCGACUGUAGCUGCAGCUCAGAAGACGGAAGGGGAGAUAUUGAGUUCGACCCCUGUCAAAAGCUUCACCUUUAACGAACUCAAACUCGCCACCAGAAACUUCAGACCGGAUAGUGUUAUCGGAGAAGGUGGCUUCGGUUGUGUCUUUAAAGGUUGGUUAGAUGAGACCACUCUCACUCCGACUAAACCUGGAACCGGUUUGGUCAUCGCUGUUAAAAGGCUUAACAAAGAAGGUUUUCAAGGUCACCGUGAAUGGCUGACUGAGAUCAACUACUUGGGGCAACUGAGUCAUCCAAAUCUUGUUAAACUUAUCGGUUAUUGCGUAGAGGAUGAACACCGUCUUCUUGUCUACGAGUUUAUGCAAAAAGGAAGUCUUGAGAAUCAUCUAUUCAGAAGAGGUGCAUAUUUUAAGCCACUCCCAUGGUUUCUACGGAUCAAGGUUGCGCUUGAUGCAGCAAAGGGGAUUGCUUUUCUUCACAGCGAUCCCGUCAAAGUGAUAUACCGAGACAUUAAAGCCUCCAACAUCUUACUUGAUGCGGACUACAACGCAAAACUAUCUGACUUUGGACUAGCUAGGGACGGUCCAAUGGGUGAUCUGAGUUAUGUUAGUACAAGGGUCAUGGGUACAUAUGGCUACGCUGCUCCCGAGUAUAUGUCAUCAGGUCAUUUGAAUGCAAGAAGCGAUGUGUACAGUUUUGGAGUUGUGCUUCUAGAGAUUUUAACGGGUAAACAAGCGUUGGACCAUAACAGGCCGGCUAAAGAAGAAAACCUUGUGGAUUGGGCUCGACCGCACCUCACAAGCAAACGCAAGGUUCUCCUAAUCGUUGACACUCGGAUAGACACACAGUACCUACCUGAAGAAGCCGUGAGAUUGGCCAGCAUUGCGGUGCAGUGUCUCUCAUUCGAACCAAAGUCGCGCCCGACCAUGGACCAAGUGGUCCGUGCCUUGCAACAACUUCAGGACAAUUUGGGAAAACCAAGUCAGACCGAUCCGGUUAAGGAUACCAAGAAACUAGGUUUAAAAACUGGUUCUAAGUCAUCCGAAAAACGGUUUCCACAAAAACCUUUUGGCAGGAACCGCGUUUAAGCUUAUAAGAUUCGGAAAACAGGUCAAGCUGGUAACUGAAUUCCAGGAUGAACAUUUUUCCGGUGGGUACUUGAAACUGCGUACAUAUCCGUUUUGGACGGAUUGAACACAGUUCUGGACAAACCGUGCAUGUGGAGAAUGAUAACGAAUGCAUUACAUUUUUUCGGUUACAUGUCCCAUACCAGAGAACAUGUUUGGCCUUAGGCUUCCUUGUAUGCUGUUUAUAUCGAGUGAAGUAUAUAUGAUGAGGUCAUUUUUGCCUCUUGUGUUAUAACACUCUUUGUAUUUUUGUUCUUUCAAUUUUUUUCCCUAACCGUAAUUUUGAA